UUCUUCAAUUUCUCUCUCUCUCUCUCUCUCUCUCUCUCUCUCUCUUUCUUCCUUUCUCUUUCUUUUUCAAUUUCUUUUUUUUUCUCGUUUCUUUCAAUUCUUCGAGUACGAUCUUGCUCAUUCACACGAAUGUUGGACAAAUCGAAGGAGAAAAGUUUUUCGUGAAGAUACCGAAGCAUCGAUGGAUCAUCAGUGCUGUGUUAUAUUAUCACUCCAUUUUAUCGAAAUUUAGAAUACGCGCGCGCUACUAUCUCGUAUAUAUGUAGCUUUCAGUGAAGAUGGGCGGGCCGAUGGGAAUCCUAGUUAUUUGUCUUACUUGGGAGGUCUGUGUUCGUGAGAAGGUUCCGCGUCUUAUCUGUGUAGCUCGAUGAGAUCAAAAGUAAUGUAAGUGAAGAAAUUCGAUAGCUGACGUCUUACAAACUUUGUCGGUUAUCGUGAUCCACGAGAUGACCCUCCACCUUUGGACGAGCAACGAGAGAAGACAAAUCCGACGUAAGAUAUAAUCGCGUGAUAUGUCACGAUCGGGAAACUGAUGUAAAACGAUUGUACAACUCGAAGAUUGCUUCGGUUAUUCGACGAUGAAUCGGGAAAACGAAGAGCAGCAACCCGUUUCUCAAACGUUUUGCGGAGCAUUGCAGAAGGAACCCAAUUGCAAGUGUUUAGUACUUUCCGUGCUGAUAUAUGGAUGCCUUGCGGCAGUUACGUGGUGUAGGUGCGCUAAUGUUACCAAGGUUGUGAUCAACUUUUCCAAGUACCUCAUCAAAAGUACUAAGCACGUGUCUCCCUGUGACGAUGGUUAUAUAUACAUUCCAGUUGCCUUUAUGGGAAUGCUUUAUCUCGUGUACCUGGUGGAGUGUUACCAUUCCCCGAUUAGAAUCGAUCUGUCCCACGCGGAGAGCCAAGACUGUGUACUCUUGAAAUUAAAUCAACUGAGGCUAGCCCAACCGACGAUCUGGUGGAAGGCCGUUUCCUAUCAUUAUGUACGUAGGAAACGGCAAAUCACCCGAUAUAGAAACGGAGACAAUUAUACGACGACUCAGGUUUAUUACGAAAGGGUGAAUACUCACGCAGCCACGUCCUUCUAUUACUACGACUACUGUGGGGUGAAGGAUAUCAGCAAGGAAUUGAUACCCGAUCCAAAAGUACCCAUCACGAAGAUCGCGCUGACCAAGGGCUUCGCCUUUUCAAACAUGAGAUCCGCCACGGAAUUCGAGGAAGCCAGGUCAAGGUUCUUCGCUGAACAAGAAUUGAGGGACGACUACAUGGAGAUGAGGGAGGGCUUGGAACUUGGAUGUAAUCUCAAUCCCACAACUUUAGUCGCCGUCCUUGGUAAACCUUGGUUCACCAAUCGUUACGUUUACUGGUGCCUUAGCGCUCUCCUACUUAGUUGGCCCUUGAGAGUAAUCAUAGAGUACAAUACGCAAUACGCCGACUAUCAGGUGACUAAGCUAUUUGGAGUGAACUAUGAUACUCCGAUCGGUGCCGAGCCAAUACGUACUUCCACUAGUCAAUUGAGUCAACCAGGAUCCUACAUGUUGGCACCGAGUUACAGCGAAGCACUCCUCAUGGAACCAGCAGCUCGACCUAGCACAGAAAAUCGACAGAUCGAAGCAGAGCCCGGAACAGAGUCCGAGAUCGAUAUGGGAAUAGUUCCUAGUUAUUCGGAGGCAUUGCUUUACGAACGAGCUGAACUUGGAUCGAACGUAGCCGGAACUUUUCCAUCGAUUCAACAAGAAAGAAAGGAUCUCAGGGUGGAGAUCGAACCGACGUGCCAAUGUCUCUGUCACAAAAUUUCCAACGACUUGGAGAUCGUUCAGGAACAAAAUCUGUCGGAUCACGUGGAAGAUCGACGCUCUACUUACGUAACUUUGGAUCCUACGUGUAUCGCUAGCAGUUCAAUGUGCCAGAACGAUAUCUCAAACGAGCUCGAACUUGUAUCUUGUUCGUGCGGUCAGCAAGGUUCUUAUACGUGUCCCAGUGUUUUGGACAAAAAUAAUCUCGAUGAGAUUAAUGUUAAUAACGCUAGAACAAUGGAUAGGACCGACAAAGUUGUUCGUCCAUCGCGAAGAGUGAAACGAGAUAUUUCCGAGCCGAACUUAAGAUCGCGUUCAGAAGUAGGUCAUGAAGGAGCAUGUUCUUCCAAGAUAAAUUGUAGAAGUUUGGAGAAUAUUUUAGAAGAGGAAACGACUGAUUCUCGAAAUAAUCUCUCGAAAGUCAAAUUGGAUGCACCUCGGGAUACUUUCGAAACAGUGAUCGAUGAAGAAGUUUCGUCUGUAAUAACGAACAAAUCUAUAGAUAACAAUGUGACUCGUGAGGCAAACAGUGCUGAAUCGAAAGGUGCUAUUCCAAAGAGAUUUAUAGAACAGGGCACAUCGCGUUGCAGAGUGACCGUGAAUCCAAGAUCGGACGAAGUUCGUAGGCAGAUACCAGUCUCGAGGACCUACUUCUGUUUGAAAUCGAUUCUCAAGCAAAACAAGCGUCGAUACACUUUGAUGACUACCGCACAGGAAUUAGAGCACAUCGAAGACUGGGAAACUGUAAGGUUGGACAGAAGUUUCGAGGAGCUUCGAUAUGAUAGCUCGCAUUUGGAACGUGGGAGAAGAAACAACGAGAUUGGUGGAUCUAACGAGGAUAAGGUUCGCACGUGCUUGUCACGAGAGAACUUGAGUAAUGCGUCGAGUUCACGAACGAAAGAUAAAGGACACCUUCAGAAUUCUAUCUUCGGGAAAGAGAAAUCAUCACCUACGGAACAAAAAUACGAUUACUCAAGAACUCUCAUCUUCGCUAGCCCGAUCCAAGAAGUCUGUCCGGACGACCCGUUCGGUGGCAAGAACGUAGUACCAACGAGAAAUCAAAGCUAUCACGAGGAGACUUCUAACGUUCCUAUGUUGGUUAAGCUUAGACGAUCUUUUACCGAACGAGAAGGUAUACAUCGACGUCACAGAGACGUUCGUAAGAUUCACAGGCGUCGUACUUUUGCUGUGGAUGCCGAUUAUUCCUUCCCUUUGGUCGAACCUGAGAAUUACGAGACGAUGAAUGGAAACAUCUACGUGCCUGGUUAUCGAAACGGCGUAUCUUUCCCUCCUUACGACGGUUUCACGACCGAUCGACGAACAACGUCGAUAACACAACCGAUCGUUUUAAAGAAUGACUUUCGACCUUCGACCGAAGGAAGUCUCGUAGUCAAAGAACAUUUUUCACUUGAAGAUGACCAUGAAAACGAAGCUAGUGGUUGGUCUGUCGAAAAUAACUCUGUUUCACCUAACACACUGACGAGAUCCUUAACAGAACGAAGAACCAAUCCGAAAGAAGGUCGUAAUUCAAAUUUACGAAGAAGCUUCACUGAUAGAGUAGACUCGAUGAAUUACAGAUCGAUGAACGGUAGACGUACCAACCUUAACAUGGAAACCUCGUUGUAACAAGUCGAUACGAUUAGCUCCUUUUGUACUAUGCGCGCUCUGUUCAUAAGCUAUAUAUAUGUACACACACAUACACAUAUAUAUAGUACGAUUAAGGAGGAGGAUGGGGCCUUCUUUAAACAGUAGAAUAUAUAGUGACUAACGAUUGUUCUUCAAGAUCGUCGCGUUUUCUUCGAACGUUCGAUUUUUAAGCAGAAAUUACCAUACAGAUGCAUGAUAAUAUUUUGAGAUGCUAAAGAAAAAGAAAUGAAAAAAAGAAAAAAAAAGAGAACAAAAACAAAAACCAAAACUUAUUCCGUCUUUUUAACGUGCUAAUUUUGGAGAUAACGUUAUACGCUUUCGAUUCGCAAUGCAAUUAGGAAAUCUUAUUGCUAGCUAGGAAGUGUCUUCGAAUUCUGGGAUAAAAAUAUUGACGAACUCGAGUAAAGAUUUUUUUAUAUAUAGACACAAAUUCGUGGUACGCUGGUGCUGCUACUGCUGAUGAUGCUGUAAAGCCAAAUGUAUCAUCGUAAAUAACGCUAUAAGUAUGUAAGAGAUGGUCAUCGCAUGUGCGUACGUUCCAAUAGAGUGCUUUAAAACAUAGCUAAGUAUACAAACGUAAAUUUGUCGAAUGUCAAUUAUGCGCGCACAGUACCAUAGUCAUUGGCUUUAUUGGCAUUAAAUUAGGAACAAAAUGUAUCGUGCAUCAUUGAUGACAUUAAGCACAAUUAACGUAGUAGAUUGAUGACAAUUACAUUUAACUACCGUCCUACAUCUUUGUUUAUCGUUAGUACAUAUACGCGUAAAAAGGAUCCCUUGAAAGUGUCCAUUAACUUUUUUCAUAAUAACGUUUUUAUUCUAAAGAAAAAAUUAUAAUUUCGAAAGUCGUUUAAAUACUUUUGUAAGGUACUGUAUCUGUUAUCCCAUUUUAGAUAUCGAUUAUCGAUAAAGUUAGUUCUUAAACACUUCACAUCAAAUUAACAUCAUAAUCUCAUCACCGUUAUUUUCCCUGGUAUAUCCAAUAAGAAAUAUAUUACAUUAAUAUUCAACGUUUAUGUAUCCAUGAGUACACUUUCAAGGGAAAAUAUCUUCCAUUUGACAUUUAAAUAUUCUCGAUUAAUUCCAUAUUCUGUUGUUGAAAGAAUAAACGUUCGUAACAAUUGAUUGAAUGCGUGACGGGGAAAAUUUUCGAAACGACACCAUUGCGAUUUAAUUUAACAAAGAAUCUAAUAUACGCGAGUCGUAAAAUAAAUUAUUUUUUCUAUCAAUAUAAAUGAUAUAUUCAUCGUCAAAACAUGUAAAUCGCCGAUGAUAAAAAAAGAAUUGCCAAAUUAUUAAAUACAUGUUAGGGCAGUAACAUAUGAAACGAAAGAAAGUGUUUUACACAGUAUUCAUUCGAUAUUCUUGCCGAAUAUAAUAUUUUUAGCUAAUGGCGUAUAACUUCGCACGAAUAUUUUAGUACCGACGAAGUUGAAUGUCGAUUUCUAAGUAAUUGUCCCUUUGUACAUGGAUACAAAUAUUUUCGGCAAUAUCGUGCGACCACGGUGACCCUUUCUCAUAAUGUUAUUUAUCCAAUACAAAUGAUCUCCAACUAAUUUGUAACUUAUCGCCGAUGUAAGAUCUAUUGCUCGUUAUUAGAGGAGUAUUUUUUACGUAAGUAUAAUGGAUAUAAACCAUUUGAGUUAUUCCAUUUGUACAAGCGUAUAUACGAUCACAAAAUGCUGGACAACGACCUUCUAAAACAUUCGACGGUUCCGAUUUUGUACAAACAAGCAAGAAAAAGAUUCAAAUCGGAAUUGAUAAGACGGUACAAAUUUCGUUCGUUUUUCUCGAACGGACAAUGCCAUUUAUAAUUCCUAAAUAUUUUUAUGUAAAAGACCAAACGUGCAAGUUUCCAAAAUAUUAACAUCUAGUAAUAUAUAUAUAUAUAUAUAUACAUGCAGGGAGUUCAAAAUAAAGAGUUUAGGACUUAGAAAGUAUAUUUAACUCGUUAAACUUAGUAUGCAUUGUUUAUUGAAAAAAUUGUCAAUUGCUAAUUGUUUACUGAGCUUGAAUGAGUACUAUAUAUUUUCUAAGUCUACAACUUUUUUCUUUUAAUAUACCCUGUGUAUAUACGAUUAUAAAUAUAUGUAUAACGACGUCAAACUUACUAAAAAACAACAACAAAAAACAGAAUUAGUCUCCUGCACAUAUAUAGUCUUCUACAACGCAUAUAAGGUGAUGAGAGUUUGGGGUGUUAUUUGUAAACGAUUUUACGCGCGCGUAUGUUUCAAAUUAUGCAUUCUUAUAAACGUUUGCAAUUACAAAGCUUAUACGUAUGUGUAUUUCCGGAUAUAAUUAAAUAAAACGCGCAGUUAAUAUUAACAUAAUUUUAGGCUUAAGCUAAUCUAUUUGCGACAAGCCAACAAUUAUUGUAUAGGUAUAUAUGUAUAUAUCAUGUAUACUAUAUAUACAUUAUCAUUUGCGUAAGUAUUCGAAACAUCUGUAACACAAAAAUUUGACAGAAAUUUUUUCUGUUUAAAAAUAUUUUAAAUCGUUUUUGCAGAAGGACAAAAAUUUAGAUAUCGUGUAAUUAUUUCGAAUAAUUUGUAAGCACAACAUAGUUCAUUCGAAUACUUAAGUACGAUAAUGUGUAUACAUAUAUAUUUAUAAUGUUUAAAAAUGUGAUAUAUAAACAAUCCCGUACUAGUUUGGUGAUACAUAAUUGAAAGAAUGUAACGUCGCUUUUUAAAUUGCGCACAAUCACGGACGAAGUAGAAGAUUAUUCCCCGCCCGCCAUAAUUUUUAAGCAAAAUCGAUUUGAAGUAAUCAUGAAAUAAGAGGGAAAUGUACAUCUGCAAAAAAUGUACAUCUUUUUCUUUUUUCUUUCUUGUAAGAACGAUGCAAAUAUAAUAUAAAAACAGGAUAAAACGUACAAACAUGUGCGUUUUUCCUUAUUAUGCCUUUCGAAUUGCUUACAUUAAAAUUUUAUUGAUAAAAUGCGAGAGGUAUCGAAGUCUACGAUUCUAUUAGUACCGUAAUCAAUUAAUGACAAAACUCUAUUUUUCUUAUUGGCAAUGAAUACAAGUGAUCUCAUACAUACAUACAUAUACAUCCAUAUACAAACAUUUCCAUAUAUACGUACAUACAUACAUACACAUAUAUAUAUGUACUGUAUACAUACACUAUGCAUAUAAUAAUACAUGACCCGUCAAAUAGUAGCAGAUAAAGCUUGAAUGUAAGAAAUACCCACGGCUAAGAACAUAGAGGCAAUAUAGAUUAGAAUAUGAGAAAUAGAAAUAGAUAUUGAUUGGCAUUCUUUUUGUAAUAUUUGAUAUUCGAAAUCAUACCGAAUAUCAUACAUAUACGAUUUUGUUUCACGAGGAAAUUGAUAUUUAAGUCGAAGAUUAAAGAGAGAAAAAAAAGAAUUGGGAUAAUUUUUGUUUGUUACAGCUUAUUUAAUAGCAGACAAUCUAAUAACGUGUUUAACUGACGAGCGGGGAAGUUUCAUUAUUUAAAGAAAAAACAAAUAUUGUAUUACCCAUGCCGUCUUAAAAAGUGCUCUUCUAAUCGAAAAACUGUUUUAGAGCAAUGCUGAUACGUGAUAAAUAGAAAAACGUUAGGGUGCAGAGUAUAUAAGCGUGCUUUUUUUUGAAAAAUAAUGCAUCUGUAACUAACGUGAUUCUGUCGCUAUAUAAAAUAUAGUAGUAUUAUUAUAUAUAAUGUUAUUAAUGAUAUACAGUGAAUUAUACUGGUGUAAAAACAAACUAUGGUUAUAAUAUAAUAAACGUUGACAUAUUUAAAAGUUA